AUGGCCACAAAUCCCAAGGAAGGCACCACCACGCCACCGUAUCUUCAACAUCGAGCUCCUCAAGCUGGGCGUCAGCGGGUGCAGGCGGCGCUCAGUCUGGGUCUCAAAGCAGCAGCAGUAGCAACGCCGCUUCUGGUAGCGAUAAAAACUCUCAUGGUGGCCCAGCGCCGGGCGCUGGAGACAAUCCCAUUCCAAAGGCUCAGCAGAACCCAGGUACUCCGACUCAAGCCAUUUCGCACGGGACACCUUCCAAGUCGCCAAAAGGUGGCAAGGCUGGUGUCGCGGGCGGAGAGAGCCUCAAAUGGACUGCCGAAGUUUUGGGAUGGUGGUAAGUACGCCUGCGAAGACUUGCUGGACUCGAUGGCACUCACCGCAAUGUUCCUGCGUCUUUUCUCAGGCACAAUUGGGGUCCCGUACCCGACAACGGUCAUGCGGGCAACCUAGCUUUCAUGUCCACCUGCUGGGGCAUCGGCCAGACCGGAGGCAACAAUGAUGCUGAGCGCUUCGAGAAAUUCAAGAAGGUGCCUCACGGAAAGUAUCCAUACGUGGCAGGCUUUAAUGAGAUGGACUUCCAAGGCCAUGCCAGUUCCGGUGGCAUGAGCCUCGAUGCUGCUGUGCAUGUGUGGGAGCAGUACAUUGCUCCACACAAAGCCAAAGGCUCCAUCCUUGUAAGGUGAGAGGCAUUCGCAGUCACUGGCUACGUUGUGACGUGUAGCUGACGAGCAGAUCGGUCUUUCACUGCAGCCCUUCGUGCGCCAAGCAGAAAGAUGAAGACAUGUGUGGAAAGUUCCUGAAGCGAGUCAAGACGAAGCCGGACCUCGUGAACCUGCACAUUUUCCAGGAGCACCCGGAUGGUGUGAUGCCUGUCAUUGAACACUACCGUGCCUAUGGCUACAAGAUGAUCAUCACCGAAUUGGCAUGCAUCAACGUGAGCCGAUCGUCAAUGGCCAGUAUCCGACCUCUGAGCCAUCUCUGACAGCCCCGCACACUGAUCCCUGCAGUUCCAGAACGGUGGUCGCAAGGAGUGCUCUAUGGAGGAACAGAGGAAAUUCUGGGCAACCGUAAUUCCGUUGCUGGAGAAAGACGACGACAUUGUAGGCUGGGCAGCCUCGGUGAGCAUCUCGUGCAUUCUUGCGCUGCGGUGUCUACACAGUCCUCACACUCCAUUGCCAUUGUCGCGCCUACAGGAUGCCUACGACAAUGGAAACCUGUCUGUUCUCGUGAGUCGAUCGUUCGGCGUUGACGUCUAGACCCUUGCAGCUAUGAGUAUCUACUGACACCGUUGACCUCGCCCGGGCUUGCCCAUCGCGGGUGUAUAGUCCAAGGGAAACUCGCUCACCGAAACCGGCAAAUUCAUCAAGGCUGUCAUCAAGUCAACGGCUUCCAAGCACAAGCGCCGAGCUCUGAGCGACGGAGAACGCGUUGCCAGGCGCAGCAUCAGACUAGCAGCCACCUUGUGA